UUUAACUCUAUUUCAUCUCCACAGAUAUGGACGUCCGCUCCGCCCGACUCUGGCUGGGCCUCGCCCUGGCCACCCUCUUGUUCCCACACUCCACCCCGGACCCUUCCAGAGCCCACGACCGCCGCAAGAGGUUCAUCUGGCUGACCAAUGAUGGUCGUAUUGCGCUACCUCCAGGCUCUAGUCUCACCAUCACGCCCUCCUUGGCCCUACCCUUCGUCCGGUACCCGCCCGAGGGCUUCCUGUCCAACAUGUCCAUCAGUAUACCGUUCACCAUUCUCUUCGACAGCUUGGGUCUGACGGACAACCAGAACCCCUACGGAGUGUUGCCGCCAAUAUUCGCGCGUAGUCUGGGCCGCAUGUCAGGCAGUCUUCUAGCAGACUAUAUAGCACAGCUGCUGGAACACAAGAGAGGCAAGCGAGCGGCGCCUGAGAGGCCUCCAUAUGACGCUUUUCAUGGAGGCGAGAGGGCCAUCUUGUACACUAUAGCUGAAGAGUUUCUGGAGAACUUUGGCAUGGAUGGUCACGCGUGUUUACUGAGGGCGAUAUGCGAAGUCCACGGCCAGCCUGAUCACAAGUACGGCCUGCUUGGAGAAGUCGUCAAACUGUUCUUCACGGCCAGUAAGUCUCCUUACGCUCAUCUCCUGGACGACUACGUGGACGCUGAGAGGACGGGAAUGGAGGACGGAGAAUGCUGGAAGUUUUACAAGGCGUGUUCCAAAUCACUCUUUCACUACCCGAGCAGAAACAAGUACAAAGACCCACAGCAUUCUGAGGAGGAAGAAGAAGAAACCUCAAAACCUAUAGCGGACACAUCCUGGUACAAAGGAAGUUCCGCGCCAAAACCGACGGCGUAUCAAAACUCUGUGUACAGUGAUAAGAAGAAACCAGGGACGAAAAAGAUAAUAUCACCACCUGAUAAGCGGUUCAUGUGAUGAAACGUGAAUCUUAGAAAAUGGCAAUUAGAUGUGUGAUAGCAAGGUUAGUGAAUUACAGUCAAGUUAUGUGCCAACGGUAUAGUGGACCAAUAGUUUGGGCGCUUCUGUGACCAGUGUUAGUUGAUAGGACUAUACUUCAAGACUACUUUGUGUUGACCAGAGUAUACUUAGUGAAACAGGUUGAGGGUGAGGGGAAAUAAGUAUACUUAAGCUAGUCAUCGCCAUUGGUUGUUUACUUUGUAUGCGUCAAGGUGGAAAUUUCACUUGAAAUCAUUUUAAUGCCUGACAUAUCAGUAGUGUUGAAUUAUUGUGUAAUGAACUGCUGGAA